AUGGCCGCCACCACUUCCGUCCCCACCUCCAACCAGGUUCUGGUUCCGGAGACCCUCCUCAAGAAGCGCAAGUCUCAGGAGAAGGCUCGCGCUGAGCGCAACUCGGCCACCGAGAAGCGCAAGGCUGCCAACAAGGAGAAGCGUGGUGUCAUCUUCAAGCGUGCUGAGAAGUACGUCAAGGAGUACCGCGACGCAGAGCGCGAGAAGGUCCGCCUCUCCCGCGUUGCCCGCGAGAACGACUCCGCCUACCCCCGCAAGAUCCUCCAGCUUCUCCGUCUCCUCCAGAUCAACAACGGAGUCUUCAUCAAGAUCACCAAGGCCACCACCGAGAUGAUCAAGAUCAUCGAGCCGUGGGUUGCCUACGGUUACCCCAACCUCAAGUCCGUCAAGGAGCUCGUCUACAAGCGCGGUUACGGAAAGGUCAACAAGCAGCGUGUUGCCCUCACCGACAACUCCAUCAUCGAGGAGAACCUCGGCAAGUACGGCAUCGUCUGCAUGGAGGACCUCAUCCACGAGAUCUACACCGUCGGCCCCAACUUCAAGCAGGCCUCCAACUUCCUCUGGCCCUUCAAGCUCUCCAACCCCACUGGUGGCUUCCGCCCCCGCAAGUUCAAGCACUUCAUCGAGGGUGGUGACCUUGGCAACCGCGAGGAGAAGAUCAACGCCCUCAUCCGCCAGAUGAACUAA